UACUUUUCUCGCUCACGGAAGACGCAUCCGGCGUGGAACGGCCAGCUGUCGGGCGUAGCAGUACGAAGUGUCGCAGUCCAAGAUGCCAUACUAUAAUUUCAACUCGUUCACAGGUCGAAUUGCGGAAACAACGCACCCGCAGCCGUUUUAUCCACUCGCACCCCAUCGUCUGGAUCUUGCCGAGCCACCUAAAAUCAUGUACGACUCAUCGCGCACCAAGCCGGUGCAGGUAGCAUCCGCUUCCACCUCUGCAAGGCCGCAAUCUACUCUGUCGCCUGAACUGCUCAAGAAGUACCAAAAGUUCCAGGCACCAAACAAUAUCCCAGUACAUCUGAAAGGAGGACCAAUGGACAAAAUUCUUCUUGGAACAACAGUGGUCUUGAUCGGCAUUGGAUUGAUACAAGCUGGUGAUCUGAUCUACAAACUCGGCUUUCCAAAGAAAUAAUUCGUCGACUUUGUGUUAUGUCAAUGUUCGAAACUAUAGACCUGUAUAGCGUAUUAUUAUCAAUAUUAUUAUGUCGCCUGUGUGACUAGUGCACAUAGGCACUUAAUUUUGUAAAAAUAAACAUUCGAAAUCCUGUGAAGAUAAUCGUUGAACGAAAA